AAAAUCCUCAGUAGCUAUAUUUGUCAAAUGUCAUAAUUUUAUAAAAAAAAAUCUAAAGGUUUUUUAUUUCAAUAUAUCCCACCAUUUAUUUAGUUAAUUAUCAGUGGCGAUGGGUUCCCUGAUAAAGGAACAUAUAAGCCAAAUAAGGGCCAUGCUGUCCGAUUUGAAGGAUCAAAAUGAGACGCAAUUAAGUGAAGAAACUGGGGAUGGGAGCGGCAAUGGAGUUCUUGUGAUAAGGAGCUGUUUGGGGAAGAUAAUUUUGUUGACGAGGUCCAUGCGGGAGAGAUUUGUGGAAAGUGAUGAAUUUUGCGAGCAGGACAAGGCCGCAAAUUCCGUAAUCUUGGCACAAUGUAAUCGGAACAUAAGGCGACUUUCUUCGAUCCUGCCCCUGUUUCAGACUGAGGGAAGACUUAGCAAGGCGAAUCAAUCCGUCUUUCAGCUACACGUUAACAGUGUCCUCUUUGAGCUUGACACUAUAGUCAGGGAAUCCCAAGGAUCAUCACAGGAUUUAUAUAAGGAUGCAGUCCAUAUAAACACGGAAACUCCCUUAAAUGAGUGUCCCACGGAUGAGUUGAAUGAAUUGCGUCUGAAGUUGUUACGUGCAGAGAAAAGUCGGGAGCUGGAAAUAAUAGGUCACAGGUUGAUGAUAUCGAAAGAGCGGACUUUGGUCCUUCAGGCACGUAAUGGUCAGCUGACCGCCGAAAGACAGCUCUCCGAGGAGCAGGAUCGCGUCAAGGCACUCGAGGAAAGUCUAUCGCAAUCUGAGCUCAAGCUAAGGAUCCUAACUGAACAGAAUGAAAAACUCAAGGAAAUGCAAAAGCCAUUUUCCAAAAAUCAGUAUACAGAAGGAAGCCUGCGGAUGUGGAAUGUGCACGUUGACAAAAGGAAAUGCAAAAUUUCCAGUCGAGGGAUAAAGCCCAUUAUGAACUCAUCAAAGCUAAACCUUUCGCAGCAGAAAACUCUUAAAAAGUUAAAGCACCGCCUUAGUCAAAAAAAAGUAACUUUGGUGGAAGCCAAGUCUUCAAUAUCCGUGAUCAAGAAGGACAUAGAUGACCUUCGCUUUGGGAAAGGUAAGCUGCGACGUGGGUUACAAAAAGACAGCUUUUCCGAAGUUAAUCAAAUGCGGCGGCUACGAAAAAAGAGGAAACGUACCCUUAACGUCAUUAAGAAGUCCCUCAAAAUCUUAUCUCAUUACAACCGUCUUAAAUUCCCGGAUUGCAGCUUUAAAUGGAGCCGGCUUUUGGAUUCCGUUUUUAACAACCUAUUUAUGGUUCGAGAGAUGUGGAAGCGGACCUGUCUGAAAGAUCCGCCAACCAAGGUACUAAAACCAAGUACAAGCUGCUUUAAAUGUUCAUCUCGUCGUUUGUCAAAGAAUCCUGUGAAGAUACCGCAGCUUUCCCAGGCUGUAUGGGACAAGAUAUACAAGCCCUUUCCUCUGUUGACUCCUACUAUCUCUGAUAUGUGUUUGAUCCGGGUUUCGUCAAGGGAUCAGGUUAAAUCUGUGGUUAAUGGAUAUUUCGCAGUCGGUCUAGGAAUAGUCGGAUCCACAGCUUCCACUUCCACUGGGAUACCGAAGUACCUGGGGAAAACCUUUGGCGAUCGACGACUUAGUCUGCUCCGCUGGUGCCAACUGAAAGUCAAACCCUACGGUCUUCCCAUGUACGAGUUCAGUGCUUCCUGGACAAGUGGUCGAGCUCUAUGCGCCAUCAUUCACUCCUAUCACCCUGAUAAAAUUGAAAGCACAUAUCUGCUCAGAAAGGAACCCAAGGAGACCUUAACAUACGGCGUUAAUGUUGCCCAAUCCCUAGGUGUUUCUAGCACCAUUGACUUAAUUGGGGAGUGCCUGCAAAAGCAUCCUAACUUCGUAAAGAUCGUCGAUUUUGUGGAUGAGCUGCAAUGCUGCCUGGAUCCAGAGAUCUGAGACAAUUUGGCAUUUUUAAAAACAAGUUUUCUACAAUAUAUUUCUAUAAGGUGUAAUAAAUUAAAUGAU